AUGGAUUUUGGCACUGCUUUGCAACUUUAUGGUAUUCUGGAUCCUGUGGGAAAGGACUUUGUUUUCCAUCCCAUGUGUCUAAAAAUGCAGUUCUUUCUCUGUGCUAGUUUGGAGAAGGCUAUAGAAAGAACUCAAAGGGACAAUGUGUUGGCAGGCACCUCCUUCUUUCAAGCCUCACCUUUCCCUUUUUUCUGCUUGCUAUAAGGAUUCCCUAGACAGGAUCUUUGAUGGGAAUAGUAGUAGACUUCACCCUUCUGUCCCCUUGCAUCAGGCAUUGUUCAUUUGACCCUAAUGAAUGACAUGCCAAGGAGGCCCAGACAAUAUUGGUAAUUAUAAAUAAUUAUUCUAAGUAAAAAUUGUAACCUUCCAGAAUAGAAACAGAAUGGGGAAUCUAGAUUUCAAACAAAUGACAAAUGGAACAGAUGGAUUGGGUUAUCCCUCCAUGCUGCUCCGUAGGCUCCAGUAUCAAUCCCUCCAUUUGUCCAUGAAAGGGGCACAGAAUAACUGCAUCAGCAAAGUUUGAAGUCGGCUUUCAGCAAACAUGCAGUUUAGUCAAUUAAAAGUUCAUGAAAUAUUGUUAAUUAAAAUGUGCAGAGAAUGUGAGAAAUCAUUUAGUGAGGUAUGUUCAAUGUAUAACAAAGAUUAAUGGGAACAAUAUGGAAAGAUAAAUGUUUGGCUGAACUUCAAGAAAAUCUUCUUGACAGUGAUGUAUAUUGCUCCAAAGAACUUUUCCCAAGGGAAGUGAUACAAACCCAUUAUCAGGGACAUGUCAUGCCAGAGAAGAUAAGAGCUGCAAAGGUGACAAAAGUUCACUGCUUGAGGAAUCACAUGUGGUCUGAAGAAGGAAAAGGUAUUAUUGCAUAUCUUGCUGGUUGUGUGGCUAUCAUUCAUUGGUUAAAUCUUGAUGACUUACUUGUGUGAAAAGGCCACUGCAGAUUAAAGAGCAUAGAUGGUGCUUUAAAUAUUGCCUACAUGAAAUCACUAGGGGGCAGAGAGGAGUGUAGCUCAGAGAUAGAUCAUUCUGUUUUCCUGUAUCAGACCCAAGGUUCAAUCUCUGGUGUCUCCAAUAAUUAUUAUUUUUAAAUCACAGGCAAUACAGUUGGGAAAGAUCUGAAACCAAGAUCUGGAGAGCCACUAAUAAGUACAAUAAAUAUUAUUGCGGCUAGAUAUGCCAACAGUCUACCUCAGUAUCAAGGUAUUAUUUUGUACGUGCAAAUACAUCUCUUCUAAAUGAGCACAGAUGUAAUUUUCAGCUGUGAUUUACACAUGUAUGUGUGAACAAAACCUCCAUAAAACAAUCCAGCUUCUCUCAAACUCAAAUCCCUCAUGGGUUUCUUCUCAAGUUAACUCAAAAACAAAACAAAACUGCACCUGCUCAGGUUUGAUUUCCAGCUGAUUUGGGGAAGCGUUGUAUUCUGUAUUGCACGGCUGAUUAGAACGAGCAGACCUCUGUACAUUGGCUUAAUCAUUCCAAGUAGGCAGAACUGAGAAAUACACUGCACUGUAUGUAUUCAUUUAAUUUUACCUUAACAUUAAUGAAAUGCCAUUCCUUAUUGUAAAGCACCAGUCAGUAUUUUUUAACAGGGAAAAUGUAACAAAUGACAAAUCUACACCAUUAAAAGCAAGCAACAGAAGUCUCAUAAAGUGAUUGCAAAGUUGAGAUAAAAAUGUUUUAAAUCAUUCAUGGCAUAGUAAGAGCUGAAAUUUUAAAUGGAGGAAGGGGGGGUCCCAACAACUACAGCAUGUUAAUUAGCCAGCUCUAAACAAGCAAGGUUGUAGUCCAUGCAUCUCCAAACUUGGCCCUCCAGCUCUUUUGGGACUACAACUCCCAUCAUCCCUGACACUGGUCCUGUUAGCUAGGGAUGAUGGGAGUUGUAGUCCCAAAACAGCUGGAGGGCCAAGUUUGGGAAUGCCUGGUGUAAUCAAACAAAAGAUUCACCACUGCUGAAGCUGCUAUGGUGAAAAUGUCUAGUGGUGAUUUGUUCAUAUCUGAUCGUAUGAGAAUGAUCAAUGAGGUAUGUGGGAGUACUUCCAUACACAGUUGGCUGUGGACUCGACAAUUUUUUCCAUAGUGUCCAUACAAUAUUGUCACUAUUAAAGUGCUGUCCCUUCUUCCUGCUCUUCCUGCUCACAUCUGGAUUUAGCAUUUUUGUAGGGCUUGUUUAAUUAUUGCAUUUUCCAAUUCCAAACUGAAUGGGGAAAAUUCAGUUUACAUGGGAAAAUAAUAAGAGAUAGCAUUUUGGUGAGGAUGCCGUGUGGGUAUUUCACAAAAUCUGCAUGUACAAGCAACACACAGUCACCAAUAAACUGCUGCAUGGAAUAGCCCUGAUUGAACCCAUACAGCAUCCUUCAGAAAUGUGUGCAUAAAUGUAAACCAAAUGUGAAACAAAGGCCUUUCAUGGUUUUGUUUGAGGGAGGCUUUUGAAGAAUUUCACAACUUCAAGUUUAAAAUACUCUUAAGUACAGGGAUAAAACUUGACUUUAUCUGGUCGCCCUCUUAAAAUCUGUGGAUUGAAUUACUUCCUGCACUUGCCGGUGCCUGCAUUAUGAAAGGAUAUACACAGAUGGGUAGGGACAUGUGAAUAUCUGAGGUUAGAAAUUAUAUAAACAAUAAAAUUAAAUGUUGAAAUGUGUGAGCAGGUGAAGGUUUGUUUGCAAGAGAACCAUGAGAGAAGAACGGAACAAUGUGUACACAGAAGCUAUUGCUAUACCGUUGAUGACAAAGGAAGGAAUGAAAGAUGAGAAAGUUGCUGUGCCUUGUGAUUAAACCAGUAGAAACUAGUAGAAGGAAGUGUUGCCAUACACGGACAUAACUGCUCCUUUGCUUGUAAAUGUAUAGAUGUGUGUGCUUUUUUCAUAUUUGGUGUGCUACCCACUCAACAACUUGCUGGUUGAGGUUGUGUUGCACUGACCUUGGCUAAAAGACUAAGCAAUCUCUAGCCUUUUAAACUAGGGGAGGGGUUAUUGCUUUGUUGUGUAUUUUUGUGGUUUUUUAAAUAGUGAACCGCCCUGUGUUCCUCAGAUGAAUAGUAGUGUAGAAAUUUAAUUAUUAUUAAUAAUACAUGAAUGCAUCAUACCCUCAGGCUUCCCCUUCACUCAUUACCUAUAUAGGAUGGGGGGGGGGAGAGAGAAACAGCAGAAGAACCACCUACAGUACCCUCUCUUAACAUGAGGAAAGAGGAGGUGGCUGCUGACUGGAGGUUUUUCAGCAGAAGUUGGAUGGCCACCUGUCAUGGAUGAUUUGAGAGUCCUGUAUUGCAGGGGGUUGGACUAGAUGACUCUCGAGGUACAUUACAAUUCUAUGAGUCUAUGAUGCUAAGAAAAACAGAGGCAUAUGUAAGGAAGCCCCACAAGCCUCCCAUUCUCGCGCACCCUUUUCAUGAAGAAACAAAUUCUCCUUCCCUCCCACCAUUUCCAAAACCCCAAUUUCCACCCACCCUUCACGACUCACUGUACAAAUUAAAACUUUAAAAAAGUAAACACAGCUGAUGAGUCGCUUCUUCCUCUGAAAACUACCAUUUAAAAUUUCUGAUGUCCAGACCCCGCAAUCACAAUUCGGGCAGGGGGGGAAAAACCGUAGGAAAGGCACUGUAGUUGGCUGGCUGGCACGUUCUCGAAGAAGUCAGUCAAUCUCCCGCGCGCCAGACAACCCAAUACAUCUCGGUGUAAAUGCAGAAACCUUCCCUCCACUACCAGCUACGGCCACCCACCUGAGCCUCAAUCAAAGGCUCCUCCCUGGGGGAAGGUCUGGCUCUCAGAACGUGCUUGCAGCCGAGGGAAUGAAUUGCGCAGCCUCCGGGCAGAAACAGCCCAUUGAAAGGUUCUGAUUGGCUAACAAGGUUGCCACGUGAUCCACCCUAGUUCCCUUUGUGCUGUAUGGUAUUCCUGUGACCUGAUUGGCUAGACCGCUAAGCAAGAAGAAAAGGACGCCAUUUUGUCUGCUCACAGUGUUCUCAGGAAUUCUGCCUUCUUUUGAACUAAAACGGUCAGAACUGAAGAACUGCUCCUGUCCGUUGCAGUGUUUUCUGACUACCUACAGAACAGGAGAGCAGCAGUGAGUUGCAGAAGUCUCUGUAAGUGAUCGUGAAGGAUAUAUGGUUGGGCCUGAGUGUGUUUGGCUUUGGGAUUUAGGAGUUUUUUUAAAAAAACGUUUUCUCCUUACAAGUUCCUCGGGGCUCUGCCAGUCUGUUCAAUAGACACACCUCUAGUACACUUGAUUACUCGCUUUCCCCUGCCUUCAUCUGACUAAGAACAUAUAGAAAUGUGGGGGAGGGGGACGAAGCUUAAAGGAUAUUUCAAAUCCAGCCCUACUGAUGAUCCCCCCCAAAUGUUUUUAAACUGAACUGUAGCCAAUUCAGCUCCCCCUUUCCAAUUAUUCUGUUAUUCGCUAGAUACAAGCUGAGAAAGUUCAUACAUCUAACUUCAUACAUCAGGCAGAAAAACAGAUUCCUAGUUUGGAAGGAUCCAUUUUUGGGGGGCAUUCAGAAAAGGUCUGUUCAGCCAGCAAUUUUGAAAGGGAGGUUAGUGCCUAAACAACCCAGAAAUAUCUGGGAAAUGGCUUAUAGGAAAGAAGAUGAACAUUUUGUUUCCAGCGUUAUUAAAAUUGCUGGAAGAUGUCCAUCCAAAAUGAAGUGUGCUUGAAAUCCAGCCUGUGUCUCUAGGUCCUUCUACCCACCCUUUUAAGUUAGCCAUCCCUACACCUCUUCGUUCACCUCUUCCUGCUUCUGGCAUACCUUUUGUAGCCUGUUAUCUCAUUUUCCUCAUUAGCUUUUUUGGCUCAGGUUAUGGUGAGGCACUCUAUCCUCUUGUGAUAACAGUGGUUGUACAUAUUACUGGCAAGAAAUGUAGUGUUAGGUUCCAGGUUAAUUGGUGCCUGGGAUUACCAAACCAUGGGAGCAACAAAAGCCCGAGGCAUUAAAACGAAGAUCUAUGUACUCCUUCAAAACAGGCUGUAGGAGAAGACCUCCUAAGGGAUUGUGGAUAGUAGCAAAUAUAAUAAUGACAUAUGCUUGGUCAUGGGUAGGGACAAUAUCUCAAUUAUGUAAGCGUGGCGAAUGUUCUUUUCUAAUGGGAAUGGGAAAAUGAUGAUAGGCAUUGUGGAGGCUUUUUGAAUGUGAAAGUGUUUCCCCUCUGACUGGUAAACAGAAUUCUUCUGUUAUAAUGUAAAUCAUUUAAAGAUGGCUUAUGCAAGAGACUUAAAUCUGAAAUAGCUUCUGAUAACUGCACUCUGUUAGCUCAGGAGGCAUUGUUGGACAAUUGCUAAACUGCCCUACUUGGAAGAAGGGAUAGGGGGCAAAUUUGAGUCAGUUCACAUUUAAAAGCAAGCACUUCUCUGAAAUUCUCAAUGCUGUUCUCUAGCCAAGUAAUGUGUACAGAAAUGCAAAUACUAGGGCAUGGUUUGCAUAAAAUGCAUAUAUAAGUGAAAAUAACAUACAAAAUGUAUAUUAGGGAAAAUCAGAUUGCAAAAAGUGUAUAUUAGGGAAAAUUGCAUAGAAAAGUGUAUGUUAGGAGAACUUCACACUAAAAUGCUGAUAAAAGUUCAUGAAGACUUUUUUAUAUUAAAAAGAAAUCACAAACUGAUGUGGAAAUUGGAAUAACUGAUUUUAAAAUGGAAAAAUGACAAACUCUGAAAAUACAAAGUUGAUUGAUUCAUCUAUACCUCUUUAGAAGCAACUUGCUGUUCCCCUUGUUAGACAAGCUCCUUAACACUUUUUAUUUAUGGCAGGGGUUGUCAACCUGGUCCCUCCCGCCCACUAUUGGGCGCUUCAGGAUUCUAGGUGGGCUGUAGGGGGUUCUGUGGCACAAGCUGAAUCCUCCUUCCAUCGAGCACUGGUGGGCGGUAAGGAAAUUUUACCAUCAAGAAAGAUGCAUUAGUGGGCGGCAGGUAUAAAAAUGUUGCCUACCCCUGAUCUAUGGAAAUGUGCAAUGUAACUUGAAUGCUGUUAUGUUGGGUCAAGUGGAAGGAAUACCAUAUCUAGGUUUUUGUAUAAGCAAGUAUCUAGCAGAUGUUUGUAUGAUGACUAUUAGGUACUAGUCACAUCCUGUAUGCUCCGUUGGAAGAUGGUGGAGAGAAAUGGUUUUGGAAAUUUGAAUGAAGCCAAUUUAAGGCAGAAGUCUUAGUUUUGCAUAUGGUUGGCAAGAAGCAGUCUUUGUAGGUGUGUGUAUUGGCUGCUCUUGGUUUUGGGAGAACUAGUGCUGUCUUGUCAAAAUGCUUGCCUGCUUCCUUCUGCUCAACUUGUAUAUUUUUUUAAAAAAUAACAUUAUAAUGCUCUAGUAAAAGGACCCCUGGAUGGUUAAGUUCAGUCAAAGGUGACUAUGGGAUAUGGCACUCAUCUUGCUUUUCAGGCCAAGGGAACCAGCGUUUGUCCACAGAUAGCUUUCUGGGUCAUGUGGCCAGCACGAUUAAAUUGCUUCUGUCACAAAGGAACACUGUGACAGAAGCCACAGCGCAUGAAAAUGCCAUUUACCUUCCCACUGCAGUGGUACCUAUUUAUCUACUCGCACUGGUGUUUUUUUUGAACUGCUAGGUUGGUAGAAGCUGGGACAGAGCAACGGGAGCUCACCACUGUCGUGUGGAUUUGAACCGCUGACUUUUCAAUUGGCAAGCACAAGAAGCUCAGUGGUUUAGACCACAGCGCCACCUGCGUCCCUCAAUAUUCAGUACUCUAGUACACUUUCCUUAAAAGAUAACUGACCCUAUAAAAGCUAUCUUGAAAUUUCCUAGUUCUUGCAGGAAGUGCUGGAAUAGUAAUAACAUUUUUCAAGUCAGGCAUUAUUUCAUGGGACAAUCAGGUUCCUGGGAAAAUAAUUUUUGAGAAUUACUGAAUGCAAUCGUCUCAGGGACAGGAUCUCUGAAAAGAGAACUCAGCAUGGAGUCCAAUUGUAGAAAUUUUGGCAGGAAUGAUAUGCACUAAGGGAGGAGAGAAUGCACAGUCCAAAUGAAUUAAGGCCUUUUUCUUGUGGUUGUCAGCUGGUUAGCAGAUGGAACCAUUUCCCCCACCUCCCCAAAGUUAGUCAUAUUUUUAAAAAGAGGUGCUUCAAUAAAAAUAAAUUGCUCUAUCAAUCACUGUGUUUUUCCAUGAGCCUUCAUCAGAUCCGCCCACAAUUUGCAUCAACUGCUGUUAAUCUUAUUUAUUUAACGUUUUAAAAACAAACCUUACUGCAUGAAAAGAAGACCCAAUUGCCCACUCUCCUUUUAAUUUAAAGACCAACUUGAAGUUGUGCACUUCAGUUAUGCAAAGCGUUUGUCCACAAAUUACUGUGAUAAAAAUGUAAACUGACAAACUAUGGCACAAAAGCAGCUGUCCAGAAGCUCAAAAUAGGCCAUCAGUUUUUUGAUAAGCAAAGAGACAGGAGUAUUUUAAAAAGAAGACAAAAUUAUCUCCACUGAGAUGCUGGUCCACAUAUUUCCAUGUGUGCUGAGUGUUUUAAUAAGUAAACAUUUAGCCUAGGAAAUGUCUAGUUUUCAUGUAAGAGAUUCUGGAAUGGAAGGUGCACAUGGAAGCACUGGAAGACUGUGACCUUAGCGUAUUCCAUAGAAUGGUUCACAUGCUGCCUGGCCACACACUUACGUACAUAAUUGUGCUGUCAAUAUGCAGCAAUUCCAGUUAAAAGGUCUUGAGAAACAGGGCUGGGAGAGCCCCUCCAGAAUGGAUAAUGCCUGCCAAAUUACAGGCAAAUAGGUCAAGGGGCUUUGGGGAUGGACACUUUCAAAAUGUGAUCCCCCAAAUUUAUAUUUAGUUCCUUAGAUCCUUUUCUUAGAAGUGUAGAACAAAUAUUAUAUUGCACCUGUAACAGUGCCACUAACUCAGAUCAUAUUGGUUGAGUGGGCAUAUAUUGUGUAAAGCAGGGGUUGUCAACCUGGUCCCUACCACCCACUAGUGGUCGUUUCAGGAUUCUAGGUGGGCAGUUGGGUGUUCUACGGCAUAAGCUGAAUCCUCCUUCCAUCAAGCACUGGUGGGUGGUAAGGAAAUUUUACCAUCAUGAAGGACGCAUUUGUGGGCGGUAGGUAUAAAAAUGUUGACUACCCUUGGUGUAAAGUGAUCCUGCAACUAAACUGGUACCAAGGGCUUUAUAUACUAACUCCUUAAACUGAAAUGAUAAUACAACUGGUUAAAUAACUGCUGCUUCUGUUUCAGGGGCUUUAAUAGCCAGGCAAUGAAAGACGGGAAGAAUUUAGAUGAAGUAUAUUUUAAAAGGCCUAACUUUAGCUGUUAAUUACUGGAACUAGAUGAAUAUGUUCUGGUACAAUAGAAUUCCACCUCUAUCUGCACUCCUGCUGAACUCAUUUUUGUGGCUUAACUAAAGUGUAGUUCCUCCCUCCAUCCAGCUGAAACUUUUUAUGUGGCCUUGCACUACUUUGAACUUGCAAAAAUGCACUUAAAUUGAGGUGGGGACAGAAACCAUUUAUAUUUGCACUGUUAAUUAUGCAAAAGUCCACAAAUAUGAAAAAGGAGGAGAGCAUAAUCCAGGUUUGCUUUGUUGCUCAUAAUAAUGGAGUCUCUAUAAUUAUGUGACUAUGACCUGUAUCUCCAAUAAUAUAAUUUAAGGCGGCAUAAAUUGUAAAAGACUUUAGUUACCACCCUACCUUCCAACUAUUCUUUAUUAAAAUAAUUCUUGCUCAUAUAAGUAAUUAUAUUAUAGGUCCAUGCAAGUGAAUAAUGCUUUUAUUAUUCAGGGAAAAAAAGAAAAGGACUAGGGUGUUUGGUAGAUCUUGGCAUGAGUAACUUCUGCUCUAGCCUACAAGGUGUCCUGUUUGUUCUGUGUCUGUUUGGGCUUUGUGAAGAAGCAAAUGCACAUAUUUCAAGUGAAGAAGGGGAGUGAAGUCUGCUAAUUUAAGUGACCUCUGCGAAAGAAGACGACGGGCUGGAGAAACAGGAAUAUUUUACGAUGAAGAUACACCAAAGGCGGGGUAUGUUGACAACGGGGCUGAAUGGGGGGGGAAACCUUUUUUACUUUCUUUCUAUGUGAUUUACAAGAACCCCUCCUCAUUAGAACCGUCGGUUGAACUGACCCAAGCAGGAUGAUUAAGGUCUGUGCGGAGAUAAACUUUAACCAAAAGUAUGCUUUAUGGAGACCGAGAAGCAAUAAGAGCUUUUGGGAAUGGCACAGCAAUUAAUUCGGAGUCGCCAUCUUGCCAAAGGAUUUACAGCCGGGAGGAAGAACGGAUUUGUUUUCAGACUGCAUUCCUAGUGAAUAUCCUCAGAGGUUUUGAGAAAGGAGACAGAUUGGUGAAGAUUAAUGACGCUAAGACUUUUGAUGUAUGGAAGUGAUGUUAUAUGGAAAACGUCUGGAUAUGGCUACUGGAUAAAAAAAAAAAAUAUCCACGCAGGAUUACAAACUGUUCUAACCAGCUUGCGGAGACUAUCAGAGGUCACAAAGAGAAAGGAAAAAUAUAUGAAAAUAACAACAAGAGAUGUGGAAAAAUAAUAAGAAAGGACUGGAUAGUACUGUGAACAUCAUAAGGUUAGAUUUGUGGACAUUAAAACAGCAGCAAGAAGCAAGAAGUUGAUUGGAUCCCUUCGGAACUUGAAAUAUGGGUACUCCCAACAAAAAUUUAAAAUUCGGCUGUGGAAUUUAUGUAAUUUGGUUUGAUUUGAUGUGAUUGGUCGGUUAAUAAAAAAUUAUUCUUAAAAAAAGAGAUAGAGCUUUGUGAAGCAAUAAUAAAGUCACCAGGACUUCCGCUUGCCCUGUACAAAGAAAGAACGAGUCCAAGUUUCCACUUGUCCCGUGCUUUCUAGGUGGUUUUGCCUUUGCCUUGCCACUUUCCCUUGGAAAACCUGCACUAAACUAAAUAGGAACAAAUGGAAAUCUGUGGAAAACCUGAUUGCUGCUUGUUCAGAUUCAGUGCUAAAGAUUGGGUUUCCCCAGGGGAAAGCAGUGGAGCAAACAGAGGCGUGGAUUAGGCCUGGGUGAUAAAUCAAAAUAUUACCCAGGACCAGUAUGGGGAGCAGACCACAAUGUCGGCUUUAUUCAAUAGUAUAUCGUUGGUGAAAUUGCCACCGCUCCUGAGUCCCUCUUCUAGCAACUUUCUCAAGUGAGCAUUGCUAGCAGAGGGACUCGGGAGCAGUGGUGGUUUCACCAGCGAUAUAUAGCUGAGUGAAGCCACCAUCCCACUCUGCUCUCAUAUUGCACAGAGGGAGAAAAAAGCUGCAUUGGUGAGGCACCAAUACAGCUUGUUGCUCCCUCUGCAUCUUCAAACUGCUCAGCUGAGUGUGCGGUUGCCGCUUGCCUCAGCCGAGCAAUUAAAGGAUCCCCCAACCCGGCUCUGGCUCCCUCAAAAGUGGGGGGAGCACUGGUGAUGAUUCUGCUAACCGUUCAAACAAGCCACUUUGUUCCAGCCCGCUAGGAGCUGGGGUGAAAGCGCCUCAGCUCCCACGUUGAGAGCUGUGGCAGUUUCACCCAGCGCCUCUCAGCCUGAGGCCAAUGUAGCUUGUUUUUUCAGCAUUGCGGCAUACCACCAGACUGCGAUGUUUAGCUGGUGAUAGACUGUGAUGUUGAAAAGCUGAUAUCGCCCAGCCCUAGUGUGGAUAAGCCUUAAGUUAGGCAAAGUUGUAUCCAGCCAGAGUUUGCUGAUUGUUGGAUGGCACUACAGUGGCUACAAGCACUUCAGGUUACAGACUCCGCUAACCCGGAAGUAGGACCUCGGGUUAAGAACUUUACCUCAGGAUGAGAACAGAAAUCAUGCGGCAACAGGAGGCCCCAUUAGCUAAAGUAGUGCUUCAGGUUAAGAACGGUUUCAGGUUAAGAACGGACCUCUGGAACGAAUUAAGUUCGUAACCAGAGGUACCACUGUAAUAGAAGGUAUCAUCUUGACUCCUUUCAAAUAAUUUUUGAAACUAAGAAUGCUGAGUCUUGGUUAAUCACUGGAAAGUGUCGGAUUAUUUUAUUUACUCACAGCAAAAUAAGAUUGCAGGAGUCUGUUUAGAGCAAAUGCUUUCUCAAAUACUCGUACAUAGAGUAGCCUGCCAGUUGCAGUCUCCAUCUUGGUGUGCAUUGGACCUGCCUUGCCAUCUCUUGGCAGAUAUCAGGGGCAGCAAGAGGGUGGAUUGAUUUGUGCAGUGUGAGCAACAGGAAGUUUGAAUAUUCCUAUAAAGAUGCAAUGCAGCUAUUGCCCUCCAGCAUCACGGGAUAUAUUCUUCUUAGGAGCAUGUGUAAUUACAACUGUGCUACUAGUUAUGAUUUGGCUAUAUUCUACCUCCGGGAUGAGAGGGAUCAAUGUUUUUGAAACUAGUUAGUGAAGAACAACAGUGGGAGAAUGUCCUGUAUGUAGCAGGCUGGCCACGGUGGAAAACAGAAAAGAUACUAGACCAGAUCCAGCAGAGCUCUUCUUAAGUUCAGCUCCUACAAUAGUGCAUGAUAUAUAUUGCAAUAGGCAUGUGCUUACUCUUUUUAAUAAAUGUGGAUGCACACAACCUUUGAAUUGCCAUUACUGAAGCACUCUUUGGAAACUGACAUUACUACUACUGCAGCCCCUUUAACCCCAACUUACUUUGCCAUACCACAAGAAGAAAGGAAGCGAAUUUCUUGAAACUUGCCUCUGUCUAACCUUGGAUCCAUCAGACUACCCAUUUUCUGCCUAAAUCUCUCAUCAUCCCUUAGACAGCACUCAUUGUAGCAAAAAUGAACAAAGCUACAGUGGGAGUGAUUCGAAAUAGUCAGUGGCUUGGCAUUUGGCUUGCGUAUUUUUUUCCACUUCACUGCCUGUUUUGUAAUUUAAAUGCUAUACACCCACUCCCUAAUGCAGCUGAUGGGGUUGCUUUCAGUGCUGAUCGGCUGAUGGGGAUUGGGAGAGAGCCCCUUUGAAGUCUGGAAAAUGUCUGCUUCCAGGUGCAGUUUGAAUGCAAACCAUGUGUCUGCAAAUCACAUUUUUUCCCUUCUGCAGACUGACAGAGAGAAAAUUACCAUUUGGAGACACAGUUUGAAUCCAUAUGAUGCCUAAAACUUACAAGGGCUUCCACUUUGCACCCAUCAGCUGAUUGGAGUUGAGAGCAAGGACCUUUGAUGUCAUACCUGACAUCAAUGCUCACAUAGCAUAUAAUUGACCUGCAGGCAAUAGAGGGUGUUGUGGUUCAGCCUACCAGGUGGAUGCAGUAGUUUCCCACUUCUAAUCCAUUGAUUUGAACAUGUCUGAAGGUCCUUGGGAUGAAGAUGCAGGAAAAGUAUCAUAUAUUGCAAACGGACACACCACCUUUGUAACAAGAUAGAAGUCUUGACACUGCAAUCCAUACUUAAUCUGUGAAGACAUAGGAUUUAUUCUUGAACCAACAUCCUCUGAGGUGUGUGUGUGUCUCUGUGCGCAAAGAAACAAUCUUGGUUAUCCUUAGAUUGUUUUUACAACUUUUAAUUAUUUCAUUUUAGUAUAAUUGUGAACAGUGAAAAACUUGAUAUUACCACAGGGUAGUCAUCAUAUUUCUGUGCUGAAACUUAAAAUAUAGGAAAACAUCAGGGUGUAGGUUUGUCUAUAAGUUGUGGUUAAUAAAAAUAUUGGGUGAAAGUAAAUGUGGGUGGCGCUGUGGUCUAAACCACUGAGCCUAGGGCUUGCCAAUCGGAAGGUCGGCAGUUCGAAUCCCUGCAACGGGGGUGAGCUCCCAUUGUUCGGUCCCAGCUCCUGCCAACCUAGCAGUUUGAAAGCACAUCAAAGUGCAAGUAGAUAAAUAGGUGCCGCUCCAGUGGCAAGGUAAACAGCGUUUCUGUGCACUGCUCUGUUUUCACCAGAAGAUGCUUAGUCAUGCUGGCCACAUGACCUGGAAAAACUGUCAGCGGACAAAUGUCGGCUCCCUUGACCUGUAAAGCGAGAUGAGCGCCGCAACCCCAGAGUUGUCUGUGACUGGACUUAACUGUCAGGGGUCCUUUACCGUUACCUUUUAAACUUAGUAAAAAGCUGAUAAAUCUUUUGGGAGGACUUUUAAAAAAUCAUAGAAAUGGGGAUGCGGAAACAUGAAGCACUGAAUUUCAUAUUGGAAAAAUAAGCAUCUGAGAGAAAUCAGAAAACUGACAGAUUCAUAAACCCCUAUUUACUACUUGACCACCUCUAUUUUACAUAUAGAUUAGCAAGACACUAAGAAGAAAAUCUUAGCUAAGUUACCCACUCUUGCUCCUUUGGGGGAUAAAAUGUAGCAGAUAUGAAAUCUUCAAGGCAUCAUCACUUUCCAUAUAUCUGAUAUUAAUAAAAGUGGUUUCUUAAAAAAGCUUGACUGCUUAUCUGAUCAAUCCAAUGCCACGCAUGCACAAAUAAGCAAGAAAUAGAAUUAGCAACUUAAAAAUAACAGUGGCAAUUAGUUUUUAAUUACAGCAUAAAUUUCACCUAGUGUAUGUUCUAACAUCACUGAAUUUUAAAAUACAUUUGUUUGUUUGAAUAAGUAAUAAAAAAUACUGUUUACCUUGCAGUUUGAAGUAUUGUUUACUGUUGCCUAUUUCUCACCACCCUCAGCUUUUUCUGUCUUCCCUCCCUCCCUUGCCACAGAAAUGCUGCAAGAACAAAACCAAAUGAAAUGAAAUGUUCCCAAUAUGUAAUCAUUCUGGUUCAGGACUAUAAUCUUUUAAAUUGCUCUACUAUGUUACAUAAAAAGAGAAAUAUUAUUAGACAGGAGUAAUUUGGUAUAAACUAAAUUCUGGACGAUAGGGUUUCUGCAGUUAUUUAGGCUUCAGGAAAAAAAGUGCUAGCAAGGAGGAUAAUUACAUUAGUAGCACACAUUUUGCAGUUCUUAUGAGUCAAGCAAGCCAACAUCUUGGUUUGUUAGUGUGAAGAGAUGAGCAAGCCUGAAAAAAAUCGUAGUCCACCCUCCCCACAAAUGAUUUGGAAGGGGGUAGUAAAACAUUUUCAUGUGUAAGAACUGCAUUCUCAGGCAGAGAUUCAUCCUGUGUCUUGCAGCAGUUCAUUCAGCUGAACAGAGAAGCUGCUUUUUAAAAGCUGAAUACUUGCUUGAAUAUUUGGCAGCAAUUGCCAUGGCAAAACGUCCUACAAAGUUCCGUCUGUGCAGUUUCUCCUGUCAGUGUGCAUCAUUUCAUUUUUAGAGUGAAAAUAGUAAAUUUACACAUCAUGUUUCACUAUCAUUUCCUUUGACAAAUGUCCAAGUUAAAAUCAACAUUCAGAGCAAUAGUAACACUUAAACAAUUCAAACUCAACACUGUUUUAUUUUUCAUUGUCAUGCAUUAUGUGACAUGAGAGAUUUGUUUCUUUUUACAAUAAGUUAUAGAAAUGAAGCCCCAAUGUGGAAAAGGAAAAUAUCUAAAAGUGACAAAAACAUAAAAUAAUUUAGGCUGCAAUCAUAUGCACAUAAUGUACCUCUAUACUAGAGAUAUUAUUAUAAAUUGUUUAGUACAAUUGCAUUUAAAUAUGAAUCAACCAGCAGCGAUCUAGAUACUGAAUUUUUGAACAAUAGUUCAUUUUAAACCCUAGUUUCUGAAGAUGAUACUUGAAGAAGAAAUUUAACUGAAAAUUUCAUCUCCAAAUUCUUCUAAAAGGGACAAAAUAUAAUUCGGAUGAGCUGAAUGGUUAUGCAGUGCGUGAUUUGAGAGAAUGUUAUUUACAGUAAAGAAAUAAAAAUUCUGAAAGACCUUAGUUCUGAGUUUCCUAUGAACCGGUUAGAAGCAGGCCCUGAGCAUAAGAUAUAGUUUUGACCCCGUUUUAGCACUUUUGAAAACAAUCUGAGAAGUCAUAAGCAGUAAAGGGACUGCCUGAUUUGGUUCAAGUUCAAAUCUGGAUCACAAUUCAGAAAAAUAAAGCUUAAUGGCUCCUUGAUUCACUAUCAUGAAGUGUGUGUGUGUGUGUGUGUGUGUGUGUAUAUAAAGUCUAUUCACACCCCUCCCUCCCAGUUGACAGAAUUGGAUGACAUUUGAAGGCAUACUUGCCUCAACUUAAUGGAUAAGGUCUUCCCAGUUAUAGACAAAUGUUCUUUGUCAUGUUGCAUUAUAAUUGUUUCAUGACAAAAAUGCAAUUACUGUAUUUUCUUUCCCCCUUUCCCCCUGUAAUCAAAACAAUUGAAUGGUGUGCAGAAAGGGGAGGGUUAACCCAUCUCUCGUAGUGUGUGCCCUUGUGACUGUGUAGCAAAAAGAGCAUGGCCCCCAGCACCACAGUCAUGCUCACUGGCCCCCUACUGACUACCUACCACUGCUGCAUGGGGCCAUCCCCUCCUUAGAAAAAUGUAGAUGCCCUACUACUUGUUCCUAUAAGCUCCUCCUCUUCCCGCAACAUCAGUUCAGAACUCAUUUCCCCAAUAUUCUUCCCAAGGAAAAAUUCUGUAAAGUUAAGCUCCCCACCCCCACCCCCCAAAAUAAGGAUGUGUCUUCAUUUUUUCUUCCAGAGAUCAACAGCCCCUGCUUAUAAUUGUCAUCUCAGUCUGGACUGCAUCUUCAUCUGUAAUAAAUGAGCAUCUUCAUACAUCAUUUAACUAACAGACUUUUUUCCAUGUUCAUUUCUUGCUUUUGAAGCUAUUCUGUAGCAUGUUAUUUAGGGAAGAUCAAAUGUAUGAGAUUUCUCUUUGGAUUAAAGCAGGCUUUGAGAAGAGGGCCAUAUAUAUAAAAUCACCCUUUGGAGUUCACCCAUCCUUAAGUCUUUAAUUUUUUUGAGCACCCAUAGAUCACCAUAAUCCAUAUAAAUGCCAGGAGGCAGACACUGAGAGAGCCCAAAAGAUGUAAUGAUUUCUAAGAUAAUAGCACUUAGAUAUAUGGGGGAAAUGAAUAAAAAUCAGACUAAUGAUCCUUAGUAGUUACUGCACUGAAGUUUGUAAUUAUGAAUUUGGCCCACUUGUACCGCUUGGCUGAUGAUACCUGAAUCAAGCGUACACAUCUGUACACACACACAUGCAAAAUGAAUUUUUAUCUAGCUCAGAAAAGGUAAAUGAGCCAGCUGCUUUCUAGAUAGAUGUAUAGAAUUUCUUGUUAACCCUAUGACUCAAUUCAAUUUUCAUUCAUUGGACUAAAGCUCAUGAACUGUUUGAAAUUGACAUGUAAUUUACAGAACAAUGCCAGGUUGUUUAGAUGAAUUGCCUUUAUGCAAGAGAAAUCUUGACAGGAACAGCACAAGGCGUGCUGGUGGCCCAUCUAGUCUAGCAUUCUGUUCUCACAGUGGCCAAUGGGAAGCCCACAAGCAGAGCAAAAGGUAGCAGGACUCUCCCACUGACAUUUCUUUAGCAGCUGGUACUGGAGUAUAUAGUCAUCAUUACUAGUGGUCACUGAUAGCCUUAUGUUCCCUGAAAUUCGUCAAAUCCCAUUUAAAGCCAUCCAUGUUGACAGCCACCACUGCAUCUUGUGAGAACAAAUUCUGUAGUCGGACAGUGUGCUGUGUGCAUAUAUAUAUUCUCUUGUCUAUCUUGAAUCUCUGACCUUUUAACUUUCUUAGAUGACCCCAGUUCUGUUAUGAGGGAGGCAAAAUUCUAUCAUAUCUACUUUCUGCAUGGUUACUUACCCCCUCCGGAAUGCACAUUGUGGUUCUAGUCCUCAUUAGGAAGGCUGGGACCACAGGUCACUGCUGCUUCUGCCUUUUCUUCCAUCUGCCUGAAGGUUUUUUUGCAUUUAGGAAGGGGGUCAGGAGAAGCCCCAGAACGUGGAGGAGGAGAGCAGGGCUCUAUCUGGAAGCUGAAAUGCUUGCACAGAUGGAAUGAUUGGAAGAGUGUGAGGUUGAAUUCCAUACUGAGUAUCAAUGUAAGAAGCUAUUAUGGUGGGAUAUGACACCAGCUAGGCUUGACAAGGUUUAUUCAGGCACACAGUUCAAAUGUUGGAAGUGCUCAGUCACAAAUGCCUAUCUGCUUCAUAUUUGGUGGGGCAGCCAAGCUGGCUUAUGCUUUUUGGAGGCAAAUAACAUGCAUUAUAUCAGAAAUGAUGGAUCUAACAGAGGGACUUAGCCCAAUGUUGAUUUUAUUUAAUUGGAUUGCAGAGGAUAUUCCAAAAUAAAUUCAUUAUUAAAGAUUUCCAUUUAAUAAUAACAACAAAAAUUGUGUGGGUGCACAAGAGGAAAAAGCCACACACCACAUCUAUCUGGGAAUGAUUAUUGAAAUGUUUAGAGCUUGCAGAAGCGGACAAAUUAACCAACUUGAUUCAUAUGAGAAAUAACGAGUAUUCAGAUUUUGUUUGCUGAGAGAUGGACAUGUUUUUGUUCAUUAUUGAAAAUUUAAGUCUUGGCAGGAUUUUGUGUUUCUAAGUAAUAGAAUAUGUGUGUAUAUCUAUUUAAAGUAUUAUAUAAUAUAAUAAAGUAUAGAAACAUUUUAUUUUUAAAAAGACACAAAAUGAUGAUGAUGACGACGACGAAUGGGGCAGCACACUUCUGCCUCAUCAGCCCAGCCAGGUCCCUUAGAGGGAUUCUGGCUGAGUGGGCAGAAAGAAUGAAAAUGGGGGAAACAAAAUGAUGAAUGGAUGGGGGAGAGACUGGAGGAUGAGGAAUAGGUGUUGAUGGUGUGACUUCUCCCUUGUUAAUUUUCACAGUCAGUUUUCAACCUGUUGCAUUCCUCAAUAGGGCUGUGUGGGAGUGACAUACCUCUGUAGACCCUUGGGACAAGAGCAGGGGCAGGUUGCUUCCCUGACACCACAUCAGCUCUUUUCGGGCACGCAGCAUGAUUAAAUCUGUCCACUGAGAUCAGUGGAGACAAAAUAAAUACAUGGAGAGGGGCUUGCCAGACGGUUUGUUUUUUAAGCAUUCUGUUGCAUAAUAGUGGGGGUGUCUACCUUCUAACUUCUCUUCUUUUUGCUUACAGCUUUUCCAACUAA